AUGUCUCCUGACCUAGAAUCCAAAGGUCACCGACGACUCCAAGCAGGUUCACAAGAUCUACCGAACAAGAAACAGUGCCUCUGGACCUCCGAGAAGCCAUUCGGCAUGUCUCGAUUCACCGUCUCCAUUGAGGAAGCCCACCUCUUCUUAAACGGAAAUUACUCGAUGGACGACACCAAUUGCGACUUCACCAGCGAGGUUGAGUACCUCACCAUCUAUUUCCCCUACCACUCAACCAUGAUAGGCCAUCAUCUAGUCCUGGACCGGGUGGCACUCCUCAAGAAUUGCCCCAACUUGAAGGGAGUAAUUUUCGACUACGGCCUUAUGGAGUGGGACAAGCUGCGCGCCUUGAACCAGCUGAGGCUGUUGCACAAGGAUGUCCAACCACUUGUGGAGAGGCUUGGGGCUGGAGUUCAAUUCAAGAUUGAGUGGUUAUUUGAUGAUUGGCAGUCUUGGGACAUUAAGGGAGCGGUGGGAGAACUGGAGAGCGCAAUCGACAUUUUGAACGACGAAGUUGGAUCUAAGGACCUCGAGACUGAAGGGAAAGAUACUUCGUUGGAUCCAAGACUAAGGAGAAUGAUUUCUCGUUGGAAUCCUCAGCUCUUCGAGACCAUAUCGGGAAUCAAUCCUACUGUUCGACUUGAAAAAGAAUCCAAUAUGUCAACAACAUUCAUGUCUCUGCCUCCAGAAAUCCGCGGAAUCAUAUUCGAAUACUCCUCCGCUCUGCCUUUCAAGACAUUCGAAUACAUCUUUUGGCCCGAAGAAGGCGACGAAUUCCUCUCAAACCAUGAAGGACUCCUUGGCCCCCGAGCUUUGAAUCGUCAACUGGCCGCCGAAGCAAGCACAAUGUUGUGCAAAAGGUAUAAUUUCGUGGUGAACUUGCCUCUACCUGGCCCCUUUUCCAACUCGUAUGAUUCGGAGAAAGUCUCUGCCCUCCGUCCUUUCGUGCAGAAUAUCAGUGUCGAAAUCGCCCAGCAUGAGCUACAAGGGGACUAUUCGCGACUUAGGGAGGGUGUCCAAUCACUGCUGGGAUGUCCGAGCCUGCUGUCGGUAGACAUCAAAUUCUGCCUCGACUUUUGGAAUAUGAAAGCGACACCGCAGUGCCUGAAGAUACUGGAUACGGAGCUGAAGCCUCUUGUGGAGAGACUUGGAUAUAGAUGCAAGAUUCUUGUAUAUUGGCAUUGUGGACCAUUGGAGCACGAAGCAUUCUCGGCGAAGAAAGGAUUUCAUUACUAUGGGCCCGCGACACAUUAUUUCAACGAGGUGGUGCCUAUUCUUGAGACGGAGUUAUUGAAGAACGCGAUCCUUGUUUUCUUCACCAUACCGUACGGCUUGGAAGUCAUUUUUACUAAGACUGACUACGAUCCAGGUCUCAGAUACUUACCCAACAUGCCUGGAGCCACCUUUCUCGACCUCCCACGGGAGAUCCGUGACAAGAUUUUCAGUGAUGCUUUCGCUGCUGGGGGAGUAGAGAUCAGGAUCAGCGAUCCCUGGGGGCUUUUUAGGAAGGAAUGGGGCAUCUUCGACGCCAAAGCAUCGAGUUCAACCAUCGCCACUGAAGCCUACGAGAUGUUCAUCAAGUAUAAUAGUAUUCGUAUACUUGCGAACUGCGUUGGCAACUUUACUAGCUGGCACUGCCCCGAGCGGACUAUCUACAAUUGGCACAACCCGUGGCGCAACCCUCUCACCAAAGUCACGGUAGAAGUGCUCAACUAUGAUGAAUAUGUGGGCCGUAGGGCGCUUCGAGAUGCUGUCAAGUACCUACGCGAACUUUCUGCUCUGAAGGAGGUGGUAUUUGAUUUUACGCGCACGUACAAUUAUGGAGAGCUGGCUCGUUCAAGUGAUUCGGGGUACUCAGGGCGAGAUCUCAGGGAAGACCUACAGCCUAUGCACAAGAAAUUUGGGAGUGACUGUCGUAUUACGACUGGGAGUGGUAGGAAGUCGUAUGGCUAUUCAAGCAUACCUGGAUAUUUUGACAGCCUUUGGAGGGAGGUCGAUGAUGAUUUCUCGAAGUAUUACGGGGAGAUUUGA